GAAUGAGUUCGGCCCAUAUAAACCGAGCAGUCAUGUUUCCGUCCCUCCCUCUUUGACUCUGUCUGUCGGUCUGGUUACCGCUGAACUCAAGCUCCCCGGGACACAACACCAGAAAACAACCAUGUCUGAGAAACUGCCCUUCAAAGUCGGUCAGUGUGACAAAGAUUUAACGUUAACAGAGCUAAUAACGAGGUGGGCUGGAUGGCGGUUAACUGAAAGAUGGUGCGACCGUUAAGUUUGUGGCGUCGUUAUUGUUGUUAUUCAACAUAUUUGGUAUCCCCCAAGUCUGUUAACGCGUUCUUCUUCAAAAAAAUUGACUUAUCUAGGCUCGUGGGUCAGAAUUAGCUCUCAUCUAUGAAUGAAUCGACAUGUUGCAGUCAUACUGGCGUCGAGCAUGAGCUACUUUCCGAGCGGAGAUGAUAUCCAUGGCCUCUGGGUGUUGUAGUUUUUUUAGCUGAGCCGUUGGCUUGGUGUUUUGCAAGGCGACUUGUGUUUGUAAACUACAAUUCCCAUGAUGCUUGUAACUCGCAUUCAGUUUAAGUAUGAGUGACAGGAGCAGGCAGACAGAGCUGCACUGUACGUAGCCUGAAUAUUGUUUCAGUGCUGGGGCUACACGUGGUCCUCCGCGCGAAAGCCACCAGUGUUUAAAUAUUUUAACUUAAGAAUUUUAAAUGUUAAGCUUAGAAAAUCAGACCGUCUUUUAUUGCUGAGUUCUUUUGGUAAAGAUACAGAAAAGCUUUCAAGCCUUUAAAUAAUGUUAAGGGGGCAUUUGCGGUGCUGCCUCAUAUUAAAGAUAAGAAAUUAAAAAAUUAGGACAUGCAUGCAUAUUUUUGAACAGUUUGCAAAAACUGUUUGAGUAACUGUUAAACCUUUCCACAUGCUUGUAUGCGUUGGUUUGUAGCUGGUUCGAAGCAGAAUAAGUUGCACAAUGGUCAGCACACAGAUAACUUUGGGUCAAAGUCCACAGGGUCUCCCUUAAAGUGUGUAGAGUUCAGCUGAGGGAUCGACUGUUAGGUCCUACCUGACUUGUUAAUUGAUGCAGAAUCACUCAUUUACCUUAGGCAGUCAAUCAAUGCAUCAUUGGUCUGUAAAUUAACGGCUCUUCUUUCACCAACCUUAUUCUGAUCAUAUUGUAUAUUUUACAGCAUAUGUUUCUGAUCUUCUGCAGAUGAACACUUAUGUCAUGCUUGAUUUUACGAAAGCAUUUUCUCAAUGCUUGGUCAGGUUAUAAUCUGCAGACUAAUUAAUAUGUAACAUGGACUUAAACUUCUGCUACAGUCCUAAAAUCAAACUGUUGUUCCCUUACUGCAUUUUAACCUCGGGGGUUAAUGUGUAGAAUUUCAAGCUUUCUGAUGUAGCCGGGUGAUGCCUAAAUCAUUGAUAAGGAAUAUCUGUGCCAAUACUUCUUUUUCCCUCUGCUGGUCAAUCAUUACACUUCGAGUAGCAGCUUGUCAAGUGAAGUUUAAGAUAACGUCAACUGUAGGAGUGUGUACGCACAUGCAAUUGUACCAUGAUGAUUUUUAGCUCUUUUGGGUUGGUGGAGAUGCACACUCAUCUGCAGAGUUUAAGAUCAUUUAACUCCACAUAUUCCAAAAAACAGGAGUGCACCGCAUACAGCAUUCAUGGCCCGUUUUGUCCCGUAAGCUACUGGGACUGUAGUUACAAUGACCUCUUUAAAAAGUCCCCUUGAACAUACUGAGAAAGACUUCAUUUUACCCCGGAUCAGUUUGUGCUGUAUAGACUCAAACCGUGGUUUCCUCUAAACAUCGUGCACUUGUUAUUCCAGCAUAGAUUUCAUCAUCUUUCUGGAGGAAACAAAUCUAAGAUGUUCCUUUGGUCAAUCCUUCUGUCAUUAUGUAGAAAAUUGUAGAUUGAGGUGUUCGUGUGAAAAUCCGACAUGCAGACAGCAGAGGAGCAAGAGAGCGAGAGAGGGCGAGAGAAAGACGCUGCAUGAGCAGUAAAAAUCAGGAAAAACUCACCAAAGGUAUUUUUAGCGAUUUUAGCACAAACAUUUGGACCUCUGACAUUUCAGAGCCUGACAUUUCCACUUUCAGCACCUGCCAGAAGUUAAUUUGCUAACCUGCCACAGAGCAUUUUAUAUUAUAACCUGGUAGCCCUGGUUGACGUGGCUUUAUUCUAAUGUUUUUUUUUAAAUUAGGAAUAUUUUAAGUUUACCAAGUUUGUCUUUUUGUGCUGUGUGUUACCUUGUGAUUUAAUGGCAUGUUUGCAGACCAAGUUGAAUUUUCUUCUUUUUGCUUGCCAUAAGUAGACAGUACAGUUAUCUUUACAAUCCAGGUUUUAUCCUGUUAUAAUACAUAUAUAAUUAUGACAGUUGUGAAGGUGUGGAGACACACAGCAGUUGCACUUAAAAAACUCUCCAUGAUGACCUGUGUAUUAAAGGUGGUCUCUGACUGGUUUGACCCUCACUCACUCCACCUAACAGCAGUUUCUGGACUGAGUCACUGUCCUGACCUUGGUGAACUUUGUAAUUCCCCUGCAGCAGGUUCACUCAGCUUAGUUCUGGUUCAGAGCGGUUCUCUGGACUCAGGAGUAUUUGCACAGCCUGCAGGUUCAGGAGUAGAACCGGUUCAUGGUGGAGGAUUGUACUUUGGGACGACGCCCUGCAUCCUGACCGCGUCCUGAAAGUAGCUCAGACUGCCUCCCCUCUUUAAAACCGAGUUUGUUCCUUAUAUUAGUCUCUCUGUGAGGAGGAACUAAGUAAACUCUGUAGAUAACUCAUCGCUGCAGGGAGUUAAAAACCAAAUGACUCUUUAAUUUCUCUCUUCUAUGAAUGAUUUCGCUCUGCUGCAUCAAUCUCAGUCCAGUCAGUCUGUUUGCUCAUGAUAUUGAAUUUACUGUGUUCAGUCAUCACCUCCUUAAUAUAAAGUUAAAAACGCAGGAAGGGGUAUAUGGAGAGAGUACAGUGGUGCUGUAUGAUGACAAAAAAAUCUAGUUUAUAUGAAAUUAUUUAGAAUUAUUCCUUUUUUUAAAUGCUUUAUUUUAAAGUUUUCAGUAAAUGCAAAAGAAUUCAACUCAGAAUCCCAAAAGUUAAGUAGUAUAAAUAAUAAGGACAAAUGGAUCAUUGUGUGAUGUUUAAAAGUAAAUACAAGAGCCAAACUUCUCUAAAGUGCUCAUCACAGAUGAGAAUGUCACAUUGUGUUCUCAUAUGGACAUGACCUACAGACGGUUUUUGAUAUGAGGGCUGAGACGGUCCCAGGGGUCCAGAUAAAAGCAGUAAUCCUGGGAACGCUUUCAAACACCUGCAUGAACAGGUGGGUUUUAAACUCCAUCUGCAAACAUCAGCUCAUUGCAACAAUAAACAACCAGCACAUGUAAAAUGCCAAAAUAAUGAGGAACCACAGAAACUUCAACAGGAUACCUGUGCUGCAUAAAAGAACUGUUUGCAUGAGUUAGUGGAAAAUGCUGAAGGGGUGUAUAUGCUCAGUUAGUUUGGUUCUGGUUUUAGUAAUCUAGGAGCAUGUAUGUUCAGACUUUUGGUCUGCUCGUUAUCGUUGGUCUCACAAAAAUGUAACAUGAAGAAAAUAUAAGGUAAAAUAACGGAUACGUGCAGGUUUUAAAGUGAAACCUGUUGGAGGACUUUGUGCUCCUUCAUGGGUAAAUAUUAGUGCCUAAAUGUUCCCCCUGUUGAAGUCACUCUGCUGAGGUCGGAAUGUUUUAGUACAGCAGCUGCAGCUCCUCUCCCUCCUGCUCCACAGCUGUCAAACACAAACAUAUGGACACACAUGAGCUCUGUGUUUUGGUAGACUGGAUCCCAACUUCUCUGCAAGUUUUUGGAACGCAGACUGUGACCACCUAAAAGCCUUUUUUAGCUUUGUUUUCUGUGAACCUGCCUGCCAGGAUUUAUAUUGGUCCUGAAGAAUGACGUGACCUGCUUUGGGUUGGUGAUGUUACUCUCUGCUUCCUCUCACUGUAAGAGAAACAAACUCCAAUAAUCAAUGAUCAACACCACCCCUUGAGUUCAGAGCACAAACUGAUCGCAGAUUUAAAAGUAUUGAAGCUCCUUUAAUUCUGGAGACAUUUGGUUUUAAAUGCGUGCAUGAUCAGAAGGUUCUGCAGAAAUGUACAGGUUCUGCUUAUUUUCUCUCCUCCAGCUGAUAUCAGCCUGGCCGAAUGGGGUCGUAAGGCCAUUGAUAUCGCAGAGAACGAGAUGCCCGGGCUCAUGAAGAUGAGGGAAAUGUACGGCCCAAGCAAACCUCUGAAGGGUGCUCGUAUCGCUGGAUGUCUUCACAUGACCCUGCAGACCGCUGUGCUGAUUGAGACUCUCACUGCCCUGGGAGCUGAGGUGACCUUGACUGCCUGUAAGAGAACCUUGCAGUUCAUAUAGAGUAUGAAAUGACGUGUUGUAAACUAUCUGACCUUUGCCUUCUCAGGUUCAGUGGUCCAGCUGCAACAUCUUCUCCACUCAGGAUCACUCUGCUGCUGCCAUUGCCAAGGCCGGCAUUCCAGGUAACACAUUGCUCUAACACUUGGGUGUCUAGAGUAUCCACCGACCCCACAUGUGGACAGACCCUUUUGCAUGCUCCACCCUCACCAGAUGUGCCAAAAGGAAGAUGGCCUGAUGCCCCUUGAGGCGUUGCAGCUCAACCAUCAGUGUUGCAGCUGGGUCAUGAGGUGGCAGAGAGAGAAGAGUGGAGGUCUGCACUGAGACUCCAACACAUGGAGGACUCAGAGUCAUACUUCCACCAACAGUCUUGCUCUGUUCCAGUAUUUUUCUCUGACUGCUGCCUGUCUUUGCAGUGUACGCCUGGAAAGGUGAGACAGACGAGGAGUACGUGUGGUGCAUUGAGCAGACACUGUACUUCAAAGACGGUCAGCCCCUUAACAUGAUCCUGGACGAUGGAGGAGACCUCACCAACAUGGUCCACCAGAAGUACCCUAAACUGCUGGCAGGUGGGUUUACCUGUAUUCAUGUAAGAUUUUUUUUCUCUGCUUUAGCAAAUAUUUGAAAAAACUGCAAGAAAUAAGGUUGUAGUGCAAGUUUCAGCCCUCAGUACACAGUUUAGGCCACUAGAUGGCAGCAGUGGUCUGACAGACUGGUUUCGACUGCAUUCAGAAGCCUCACCAAGUUUGAGCCUGGAGCAUUUAUAUGUACAUACUUAGCAAGAUUCAUUAAUGCCCCUUGAGGCGUUGCAGCUCAACCAUCAGUGUUGCAGUUGUGUCAUGAGGUGGCAGAGAGAGAAGAGUGGAGGUCUGCACUGAGACUCCCAACACAUGGAGGACUCAGAGUCAUACUUUCCAUCAACAUUUAAACACAGAGUCGAGACGUUUACUCCCUUUCUCUGGUUUUCUUUUAUGAAGGUGUUUUUGGUGCAAAAGGUUUGUGCAUCUGUAACAUGUAAUUUGUAGUUGUGUACAGUGAUUGUGUAUGUAUGAUAAGAUAAGAAGAACUUUAUUAAUCCCCAAAGGGAAAUUCAAUUGUCUGUUGUUUCACAUAAUACGUCCUCUAAAAGUUAUCUAUUAUUCACACAAGAGAUGAAAAAAAUCUAGCAAAAAUUACAGAUAAAUACAGAGAGACCAGACUUGCAGCAACCUCUCGGUUCAAGCGCAUCAUUUGAAUUCAGAUAUUAGUAAAUGUGAAAUCACACACUCUGUGAGUUUUGUACUUGUGGAUUUUUUGUGUGUACUUGUUGAAUUUUUAUUUUUUUUUAAUUUCCACAAGUACAACAGAACAUUUAGACAUUCGCAAAUUCUUAAUUACAGGUGCACAAAUCCUGUUUUACAAGUCACAGAUUCAAACUCUGACAUGCUCACAUUUUUGCACAAACUUUUGCAGCAUAUUUGGUGCAAAACAUUUGUGCACCUGUAUGGAGCAAUGUGGAGUUGUGGAAAAAAUUUGAAUAUGUGCAGAUCUUUAUGUGAACUUGUGCAAAAAACAUUACAUUUAUGUACAAUAAGCUUUCACGAAAAUAGUUGUGUUGUCUUAAAACACAAAUACAAAUCGAUAAUUACAACCGCUGGAAUCUUCCCCACAAGUCACAACCGCUUUUUGCACCAAUCCAACGUGAUAGCAUUUUGUCUCACAGCCAUUCAGAGGAGAAUAUGCUUUCUACACGGAGAGUGAGAGUUUCUUAUUGAUAUCUAUGAUUCUUUGGCCAUGACGGUUUGCAAAAGCUUGGACACAAAAAUGUGAGCGUGUCAUCUGUGACUUGUAAAAUAGGAUUUGUGCACCUGUAAUUAAGAAUUUGUGAAUAUGUAAAUGUUGUGUUGUACUUGUGGGAUUAAAAAAAAAUCAACAAGUACAACACAAAAAAAUCUACAAGAACACAACUCAUAGUGCGGAUUUCACAUUUACUAAUACGCAUACACAAUCACUGUACACAACUACAAAUUACAUGUUACAGAUGCACAAACCUUUUGCACCAAAAAUACCUUCAUAUUCUUUGAUAAGUUUAUUUACCAUUUAACAUUUAUGUCUCAUUUAAGUCAUGAAAAACACAUACCUGUCAACAUGAACACCUGUUGUUUGCCUUACCUGAGAAGAAUUCUGUCUUUCAAAAGCACAAGAGAUGGAAUUUGUUUCCAAAACUUAACACACUUGUGUGUUCAGGUAUCCGUGGACUGUCAGAGGAGACCACCACAGGUGUCCACAACCUGUACAAGAUGAUGAAGAAGGGCGACCUGAAAGUUCCCGCCAUCAACGUCAACGACUCUGUCACCAAGGUAACAUUUCACUGUUUUCCCAGAUUUUAAUGAUAAAGGUGGGGACUAUGUUUAAUUAACCUGUUCAUUAAUAAAGGGAUGAUAGGAUAAAUAAGUGCUGCAUGUGUUUAAAUGAGUACAACCCAGUUCUUUAUGACUCAAGGCUGUUGAAAACAUGGAUAAGUACAGAUUUGGAUGGUUUGCGAAUCGUUUCAAGCCAAAAACUUAACGGAGAGGAGGAUGCAGUGACCAUGACUUCCAAAAAGAAUGUCAAGGCACAGAAAGGUCUCUGGUCUUUCUGGAUCCUGUCUCUAUCUGCUCUCCUCUUUUCAUGGUUCAAUUUUAAUCUCAUUUGUUGAUGCAGUGUUAAACUGUGUUUACAGAAGAUGUUUUUGUAAGUGAUUUAGAGCCCAUGCAGUGAUUUCCACUCCAGAGUCUUCAGUCAUCCAGGUCAUAGUUGUCUCAAUUCUUCAAUGAAAGGACAACUGUCGGAGGUCGGAAUACUGAGAUCAAAAGUAGAUUUCGGACUUGGAUCUCAAAGAUCUUUUUUCUUAAUUUAUGAGAUCAAAAUCACAAUUCCGUCUUGAUCUCAGAAGCCUAGAAAGAAACUGAAUUCUGACUUGGAUCUCAAAAUUAUAUCUUAUUUCUGACUUGAGGUGAAAGUCUUCAAGUAGAUAGUUGCUUGUAAAUAGUUCAAAAACAUGUGUCUUGCACUAUUUAAAAGCAAAUAUUUACUUUGAAUGAUGAGCAAAUCAAAAUCUGUUUCCCUCUACAGUUCAAAAGCAGUCUGACUUCUUUCGUUGUAUUUUUAUGUGCAGGUUUUAUUCUAUAACUUUCUUUAAACCUGUUCAACUCAAACUGCAGUCUGACCUCCAGUUAACCUCACUGUUACACUCUCAGCCCCCCACAAGAAGUCCUCAUGAAGUUGUGUACCAUUAAAGACUCAGAGCUGAAGUUUAUGUGAGUCCUCUGACUUACUGAAAUGAAAGCUCUUCUGUCUCUCUCCUCGUGCAGAGUAAGUUUGAUAACCUGUACGGCUGCAGGGAAAGCCUGAUUGAUGGCAUCAAGAGAGCCACUGAUGUGAUGAUUGCCGGUAAAGUCGCCGUGGUUGCUGGCUACGGUGAUGUAGGUAAAGGCUGCGUUCAGGCUCUUCGUGGGUUUGGAGCUCGGGUCAUCGUCACAGAGAUCGACCCAAUCAACGCUCUGCAGGCUGCGAUGGAGGGUAGGUGCUGAAAGGACCGUGGUCGCUUCUUGCGUAAGGAAAGGCUGAUUUAUCAGUGAAAUAUCAAACGUCAUCUGCUGAAUCAAUAUAAACAAGAACUUAUUCGCACAUAACCGUUAUUGGAGUUCAAAAUGUUGUCAUUUAUCUAAUCUUGAGACAUCCUGCUGCUCGUCCUCAUCAGAAACCUCCUCCCUCUGUAUUACUCUCUGUAGGUUAUGAAGUGACCACCAUGGACGAGGCUUGUAAAGAAGGAAACAUCUUCGUCACCACUACCGGCUGUGAGGACAUCAUCCUGGGACAGUGCGUCUGAGCAGAGCAAAUAUUUCCAUGACAACAGUUCAAAAAGAGUUGAUUUCAUGUGUUGACAAAGACUGAAAAGGAUCUGGUGGAUUUUAUGUUGUAUUUAAAGAACCUUAAAUUUGAUACCCCAACAAGUAUGUAACUCUUAAACUUUAAAGUUUAGGCUUCAUGGUGUUCCUUUUAAACUCUUGAAACUUUUUCUGUAAAUGUCUCUUUUUAUAUAAAUGUCACAUCUUGAAUUUCAGUCUUUUUUUUGUAAUUUUCAGUCACUUUGAGAACAUGAAGGAUGACGCCAUUGUCUGCAACAUCGGACACUUUGACUGUGAGAUCGACAUGAGCUGGCUGACCAAGAACGCUGCAGAGAAAAUCAACAUCAAACCUCAGGUGGGGAAACUGAAACAGACUAAAGGUGUCAAUGAGCAGGAAGUUCAUGGCUCAGCGUCACCUUAAAAACGCCUCUGUCUUAUUUUUGUGGUUUAUGGAUUUGAUCUUCUCAGGUUGAUCGUUUCCGGUUGAAGAACGGCAACCACAUCAUCGUCCUGGCCGAGGGCAGGCUGGUGAAUCUGGGCUGUGCCAUGGGGCAUCCAUCCUUCGUCAUGAGCAACUCCUUUACCAACCAGGUACUGAAAGAUCAUGGGCUCUAUUUUCGUGCUUUGCCGGAGAUGUGGCACAGGCGCGGCGUAAGUCAGGUCCGUUGCGCCGACAAGGUGUUCCCAAGCACAAUUUGGUAUUUUGGUAAGCAGCGCAGCUCGGCGUAAGUAUCCCCCCUCCUUAACUCUGCUCCUCCCAGUGGCGUAAGUCGUAGCGAGGGAGGAGAGGGGGGGCGUGGAUUGGGUUUAACACAGCCGAGACCUGUAUUGACCAACAACAUCAGCUCCUCUCCUCGCCUUUAAAUCCGCCACCGGCGAGGCGUAUUACUAUUUUCGUGAAGUAGUCAAAGAGAUCAAGAGAUGUCUGAAGACAGUAAUGCCACAUGAUGGCGACAGAAGGCAGCCCCUCAACAAGUGUUGCUGUAAGCGCUGCAGAGGGCGUCCUCCACACUCUCUCAUAUGAGCACAGAUGGAUUUGGUAUGUGUAAUGUUGGACCCACUGGUAAGACAAACACCCUUUUCCACAAAUAAGGACACUCUCAUAAAGUUGCACGUAUUCAAACCUCACGUGACAAAGGUGGGUGGUGCGCAGAGAUCACAUCAUAAAUUCCAAUAAUGGCAAUAAGAUCAGAACCAUCUGUGCGUAAAUGACGCAUUGCGCUCCGUAGGCCUGGACGAUAUAGAAAAAAAGUAUAUCGAUAAAAAAGAAAUCAUAUUGAUCGAUAUCGAUAAUUAUCAAAAAAAAUUUAACAUAUAUUUUAAUUGCAGCCCUGGAUGUUUUAUGCUAUUGCUUAAUGACCUACUUUUAAUAAAGAACACACAAGCACUGAAUUCAAAUUCAAACCUUUAUUCAACCACCUUUUUUUUUUUUUUAACACAACUGAAAGUUUUUUAAAAAAGAACUUAAAAAAGAAAAAGAAAUCAAGUGUGGCCUGAGUGAUGUCAGUAAAUACUGACAAACAUAAACACUAAAGUGACCAGAAAAUCUGAUAAAUAAAUAUUUAAAUAGUCUUUUGAUGAAAAUAAACAAAACAAACAAAUAUAUAAAUAAACAGAAUAGCUUUAGGUGGGAAUAGCAUACUACCAGUUUUAACUGUGUGGGAAACUGCCCACAGCCUGGUGUCUGAACACUGAAAUAUUUCUCCCAGGGUCGGGAGAUUUAUUUUUUUAUUAUCAUGUGAUUGACUUAAUACUCAAACUGAGCACGAGAAGCAGGACUUAUCCACGCCGGUGUUGUGUCGUAGAAUGCACCCCUGCCGAAUGCCCUCCCCCCGACGAGAGCGCGGUUGAAAGUAUAUUUGCUGUCCCGAAAGUAUAAUGUUCUCUACCUUGACGUCUUACUGUACAGUUUAUAUACCCAAGUACACCUUGAUAUGUGCAUUUUUGAGACACAUUAAAACAGAACGAAAGUUUGCUAGUAGUCAUGAUCCAAGUACUCGCAAAUGAGUGGACGGGAUGCAGGGGUGCAUUCUACGGCAAAACACCGGAACGUAUUUCCUCCGCACCCUUCUCACCUUUUCAACCCCUGACCCAUUUUCAUGCCUGAAGCGCUGUGUUUGAGAAAUACUUGCGGCCGGGCACUUCAUAUCGCGGGUCAAGAGUGGCUAGAAGCUGUUUGAAGCCUGGCUUUUCAACGGUAGUUAUUGGCAGUAUGUCCCUCGCUAUGAAGCAUGUUACUGCAUGGGUGAUGUCCUUAUGCCGCUUGGACGCUUUGUCGUAUUUUUGGCAAGAAACAAAGUCCAGUUUGGUCUGCUUCACUUGCUUUGUGCUGGGGCUGGCAGCGGUUCCAGAGGAUUCCUCCUCCGACGACGACGAGGAGCCGCGGCGCGGCCGACACAGCUCGUACUCCUGCGGGUGCGACCGGUUUAGAUGGUAAAACAAGUUGGUUGUGUUACCAGACUUGGUUUUUACUAAUUCUCUGCAAAUUUUGCAAACGACCGCUGUUUGCUUUUUGUCAGACUUGUAAAAACCAAAAUAUUGCCAUGCUGGUGAACUACUGAAACCUUCUUUCGGGACAAUUUCCUCCGCUUCUCCUUGCUGUAACAUUUUUUGUAAUACACGUGCUGUCUGUUGUGGUUUGAGAGGGGCGGGGCUUGGUGCCGUAGCGUACCUGGGUCUGCGUUUGUGAUUGGUUGGGAGGAAGUAAUGACUGUAGUAAAAGCUACAUGAUAGGCUAUGAUGAAAAAGAGGGAAACUGUGUUUUUCUAUCGAACUUUUUAUCGACCCGUUUUUUUUCUAUCGCACCACACGUCUAUCGAUCGAUAUAUAUUGUUAUCGAAUUAUCGUCCAGCACUAGCGCUCCGUGGCCUGACUCUUUCUUUCAUACAUGUCAGCAUAUAAAAUAAAUUUGGCUCACAAAACUGAAUAUUAUAAUAUUCGUAUGUAGGCUUAAAGUAAAUAACUCAUCUGAGCACUGAAACAAAUCAUCUGUUCAGCCGCAGCUGCAGCAGCUGCAGCAGGAUGGAGAGAGGACACGGAGACAUGUCCAGGUCGAGCUGCGCGAGAAAUAAGAGGAAGAAAGAGGAGGAGGGAAAAGGACGGUUUCAGCUGUGUUGAUUCGGUCAGGUUGUGUGUCCAAACGCGUGCCAAACGAUCAGAAUAUAUCUAUAUAGAUCUAAAUGUAUGUGCUGACUGAUAUUAUUAGUUGUUGAUUAUUUAUUUCACUGAAAUGUUCCGGACACUGUGGAAACCUGCUGGUGAGGCAUCUGUGAUGUAUGCCGAUACGCCACCGGUCUACCAAAAUACCACUAGACCAGCUGCGCUCCGCCUGCACUGAAAGCUGACCAGGUUUGAAUCGGCGAGCUUUCAGCACACUUUAUAUGCCAAUGGAGAGCACGAAAAUGUCACUGCGCCAGCUGUUUCUGUCAACACCUCCCUCUGCUACGCCACCACACCCAGCUUGGCGGACCUCAGUCUACGAAAAUACCAAACUGGCUGUACGCUGGGCUCCGCUAGACGAAAAUACCACUGCGCGGGGUUAGCCACCCUCUGCCGUCUCACCGGCGGACAAGAAAAUAGAGCCCCAUGAGAGCAAAAGGAAGAAACAGACCUCAUGUGUAAACGGCUGAACUGAACAGUGUGUGUCGGAGUCUUAUCAUCUCUCUUCCUGCAGGUUCUGGCUCAGAUUGAGUUGUGGACCAACACCGACAAGUAUCCCAUUGGAGUCUACUUCCUGCCCAAGAAGGUGAGUCUAAACAGGGGUAUUUACAGUGGUACUACUCAGACUGGACUCAGAGGGGUUUUGGAUGAGGUUCAGCUUGAUAAGUUGAUACUGUUAUACACAGUUAGGCCCAGAAAUAUUUGGACAGUGACACAAGUUUUGUUUUUAUAGCUGUUUACGAAAACAUAUUCAGGAUACAGUUACAUAAGCAAUAUGGGCUUAAACUGCAGACUCUCAGCUGUAAUUUGAUAGUAUUCACAUCCAAAUUGGAGCAAGGGUUUAGGAAUUACAGCUCUUUAAUAUGUAGCCACCUCUUUUUCAAGGGUCCAAAAGUAAUUGGACAAUUGAUUCAGAAGGCUGCAAAAAAUAACAAGGCUGCAUGGGCUCUUCCCUUGUUAACCUGUCAUUAAUUAAGCAGUUAAAAGGUCUGGAGUUGAUUCCAAGUGUGGCGUUUGCAUUUGGAGGCUGUUGCUGUGAAUACACAACAUGCGGUCAAAGGAGCUCUUAAUGGAGGUGAAACAGAUUAUCCUGAGGCUGAAAAAAAGAAGAAUUCCAUCAGUGAGAUAGCAGAAAUGAAAAUCAACAGUUUGGUAGAUUCUAAGAAAAAUAGAGUGCACUGGUGAGCUUGGGAACUCAAAAAGGCCUGGACGUCCACGGAAGACCACCUUUCCAUGGUGAAGAAAAACCCCUUCACAACAUCCACUCAAGUGAAGAACACUCUCCAGGAAGUAGGUGUAUCAGUAUCGAAGUCUACCACAAAGAGAAGACUUCAUGAGAGUAAAUACAAAGGAUUCACCACAAGGUGCAAACCAUUAAUCAGCCUCAAAAAUAGAAAGGCCAGAAUUGACUUUGCCAAAAAAUCACCUGAAGAAGCCAGCCCAGUUCUGGAGCAGCAUUCUUUGGACAGGUGAGACUAAGAUCAACCUGUACCAGAAUUAUGGGAAGAAGAAAGUUUGGAAAAGAAUUGGAACAGCUCAUGAUCAACAGCGAUCCACAUCUUCUGUAACACAUGGUGGAGGCAGUGUGAUGGCAAUGGCAUGCAUGCAUGGCUUCCAAUGGCACAGGGUCAAGUGUGUUUAUUGAUGAUGUGACAAAAGACAGAAGCAUGCAGCAAAGUUGAUUGGACAGCGCUUCACAGUGCAGAUGGACAAUGAUCCAAAACAUACUGCAAAAGCAACCCAGGAGUUUUUUAAAGCAAAGAAGUGAAAUAUUCUGCAAUGACCGUGUCAGUCACCAGAUCUCAACCCAAUCGGGCAUGCAUUUCACUUGUUCAAGACAAAACUUAAGGUACAAAGACCCACAAACAAGCCGCAACUGAAGACAACUGCAGCAAAGGACUGGCAAAGCAUCACAAAGGAGCAGACCCAGCGUUUGGUGAUGUCCAUGGGUUCCAGACUUCAGGCAGUCAUUGCCUGCAAAGGUUUCUCAACAAAAUAUUAAUUUCACUUAGGGUUAUGUUAAUUUGUCCAAUUACUUUUGAGCCCCUGAAAUGAGGAGUGUUUGUAUAAAAUUAACUUAAAUUUCUACAUGUUUGAUCAUAUAUUUUUGUUCAACCCCUUGAAUUAAACCUUAAAGGGGACCUUCCAUCAAAAAUGUAAUUUUGUGUUUUUUGUGUCAGAUAAGGUCCAUAUUAUGUUCGUCUUAUGUUGUAAAUGUAAAAACAAACCGUUAUGUCGUUUGCAUUCUGUAAAGGUUUAAAAUAAAGAAAACCAGGCCAAUUGAAAAUGCACGUCCUUGUGACGUCGCGCUGACCUUGCUCAUUAUUAUUCACGAGCGCGUCCUCGGUGAGCCGCGCCCACUCUCUCGUUUUCGUACUCAUUCACAGCCAACAUCACUCUCCAGAGCGUGAGCCAGCUACCACUGUAUCCGCUAUGGGUCCCUUCCAAACGACCAGUGUUUCCUUGGGUUCACUGCCUGGAAAAUGAACUUAAAGCUGGGCAGAAUGAAUGAGAAAACACCGCUGGAGAUCUCCGGCUUCUUCUUGAACUUCCACCUCCUCUUCGGAGUCGGGUCUAAAAUAUAUGGUUUAAUACCUGCCAUUUUUAGCCUUUAGGAUAAGGUGACCAGACGUCCCCGAUUUCCGGGGACAGUCCCCGUAUUGGAUGACCUGUCCUCGGCAAAAGCUGUCCCCGAAAAUGUCCCCGAGUUAAGCGUUUCAUGAAUGAGAGCAAAAAUGUUGCGUGUGGGCUCGAACAGUAGCCGAAUGGGUAGGAAGCACAAGUAAGCAGUCCUGAACAACAGUUCUUACGGGGGUUAUUACAAGGGGCAUGAGCUGCUACUAAAUAGUACUGAGAUUUUGUCUGUGAUCACACAGCCCCUGCACCCUCCCCGCCGCCGCACCGACAGACAUCUGGGCACCUUACUUUAGCACACAUUAGCAAAAUGGAUAAACCGAAUCCGAACCUCCACUGCUGAGCCAAUCAGAGCACAGCAGGCUUCACAGCAGCGAUCCAAUCAGAGCAAAGCUCAUUACCAUAAAUGUUAAUGAGCCAAAAUCAGUUGGUUUUCCUGUAAGGUUUUUUAGGCAUACUAAAACAAACCAUCAAAUAACCUUUCAGCUAAAAUUAUGUUGCAAACAUGAUCAGAGGACAUCAAGGAUUAUGAAAAAAUGAUUAAAAUGGGUAUGAAAUUUUGAUGGCAGGUCCCCUUUAAAGUCUGCACUUCAAUUCCAUUGUAGUUGUGUCAUUUUAAAUCCACUGUCGUGGCAUGCAGAGCCCAAAUCAUGAAGAUGGUGUCGCUGUCCAAAUAUUUCUGGGCCUAACUGUAGGUGCUGUGUUGAGGAUGUAGUCCAGUUUCCAGUUUGCGUAAAAAAUAACGCAAAAAAAAAAACAUAAGUCACAACAGAAGUUACCGAUGGGGGGAAAAAAAACAAAAACAAAAAAAAAACGCUGCAAAUAAAAGAAACGGUGCAGAAGAAGUAAGUGGAAAUGUUAUUCUUUGAUUUCGCUUUGUGUGCUUUUUAUUGUGUCAUUUAGUUAGUCCAUGUAGCACCUGAUUCAAUAUGAAGUUGAACUGAAGCUAACACUACAUUCGCAUUCUCCUGUUCAACUUCAUAUCGACUCAGGCGCUACAUGGUCCCCGGCAGCUCCCUUCCGUUGUGGCUUUAUUUAUUUGCGACCUUUUUAUUUUCGCAGUAAGUUUUUUUCUUUUAUCCAUCGCCACUUUUUUUUGCGUUGUUAACUUCUGUUGUGGCUUUUGUUUUUGUUUUUUCUGCACCGUUUCUUUUUAUAUUUGCAGUGGGCUUCGGUUCCUUUUUUUGCAUCAGUAACUUCCGUUGUGACUUUCCAUCUUGAGGAAACUCAGCUUUUGCAGUAAAACCUCACUUUGCUCCUGCAACGAUGUAGUAACACGACUGGUCUGCAAAGAGGUGCAUGUAAAACUGCACCCACUCCUUCAGUUUUUCAGCGUCCUCCUCCACUGUUGUGUUUUUGCUUCAACAUUAAAGUCCAGAUGUCAAAGUUAAGAUCCAGACUCUCCAAAUGGUUUGCUUUGGUCGCAGAAACCAAGUCAAAGGUCUCUUUUCUGCAGGUAACUAUGACCAGAACAUGUAAACGGCUGAAAACAACAUUAAUGACCCUUUAAAGAAAAUUCACUCCGUGUGUCUUUACUCCCCAGAAUCACAUCGAACCUGUCUAAGACUAAGACUUUAAUUUUUACACUUGUGAUGACCUGACGGUAAAGUUCAGUAUUUUUGGAGUCUUUCAGGGCUAAAAAACAAAGAUCUGAUGAACUUAUUUGGACUCUGAAGCAGGUGUCACACCCUGAACAAAGACAUAUCAGUUUCUAACUCUUUACAGACAUCCUGGAGUUUCUGUCUCUUCCUCAGACACACUUGGGAAACUCUCAUUUGUUCAGCUGAGUUUAUUAAAUUGAGGGUCAUUCAUAUUGGCUUUACCAUAAAAUCUCAUAUCAGAGGAGCAGGUUCAUGAGCAGGGCAGGGAUUUAUACAUCCAAACCUGAAGUGCUGCAGCAGUGAGAGCAGACAAGGGUGAACGAGACAGUUUUUAUUCAGCUUACAGAGACUGAAACCCUUAAAGCUGGGAACUAGAAGAGCUUUAAGUCUGCAGACCAUCAAAAAGGUCUUUUUUUUGACUCUCUUCCUUGAAUCCUCUCCUUCUAAGGGCCGGACGCGAUUAAAAAGCUUAAUAUCUCAUAAAAAGGCCUUUUAAGAUGGAAACUGUAGCAGUGUUAUCCAAACACAGACUUGACUCCAAUCAGUUUAUUUUUUGUUUUCAUAUGGUCGAUAUAAAACUAAAGAUAACAGUUUGACCUCUGAGGAAACAAUGUUUUCACCCAGAGCCACUCCUGCUUUUAAUUUGAUGAGCUCAACACAGAAUUAUCUGUAAUACAGGAGAGCCUCAUUUGAGGCCAUGACUCCAGCUAUCACAGAGUAAAAUCAGGACAAAGUCUGGACAUUUCUUUAGAAGAACUUAAUUUUUAGAAAAGGAGAUCCUCAAAAAUUGAAUAAAAUAACGUAACGUAAUAACAACAUAUGCCACCUUACAUGACUUGCUUCUGUCAUUCAGCAGACUUUGGCUGUGUCGAUGAAGAGCGUAGUCUCUUUGAGGUCCAGCUCAAGGAGAAUGUAUCUGUUCAGGGUUUCUUUACCUUCAGAGGACGUCAGUCAUCUUUCCUACAUGGUCCAUAAAGAGUCGGAUUCUUCUCCUGUGUUUGGGUUAAAAGUUGAAACGUUGGGUUAAAUUUUCCUCCAGAAAAAUCAAAACUACAGAUUUUUCCACCUUUUAAUCAGUAAAGCACGCUGAGAUGGAAUUUUCAGAGUUUUAACAUCAGUCUGUGGUUUGACAGGGGAAUGUGAUCAAACAUGGUUCAGGAAAAGUCAGUGACGAUCAGGAGCUGAAGUCUUUGAGGCCCUGCUGAUGGGUCAUUUAGGUGCAGCUGGAACUGAAGGAAGGUGAAGGAGUCCGUUUCAACUGUCUGAGCUGAAUUUUUUAAAAAUCAACACAGAUCUUUUUUAACAUUCGCACGACUGUUUCAAAAUCACGUCAGUGUGCUGAAACCAAUAAUUAAAAGUAUGAAACUCCAGCUGUGGAGAGAGAGGAGAACUACAGGAGUUGUUUCAUCAUUUUGAACCUUGUCUGUAGGUUCUCAUUCAUCCAGGUUAUGGUAGUCCAGUUCUUUUGUUGAAGGGUAACUGGACAUGUGAGGUUCUUGAAAACGCUUCGUCUUAGGUGACAGUCCAGUUACCUUCCAACGCCGUCCUCGAUCAUUUCAAUGGUUAUAGCUGCACAGAUGAGACGCUCUGCAGAGAGCUUUGGACAGUGUAGCUGAAUCCUUUCUGUCUGCAUUAGACUGAUUCUGGCACAGCAGAAAAGUUCUGUAGUUUUAGUGUCUUCAUGUGACGGCUCAUCACCGUAGCUACAUUUGUUGAGUUCAGAGAGUUCAUUAUCAUGUGAGUGUGUUAAUAAUCCAAUCAGCUGAUAAUAAAGGAGCUGCAGCAAAAAGACAUUAAACCUUCUCUCUAACUCCGGACUGUCUCCUUUAUUCUCUUUGUCUCCAUAGCUGGAUGAGCAGGUGGCAGCCGCUCACCUGGACAAACUUGGGGUGAAGCUCACAAAGCUUUCAGAAAAACAGGCCAAGUACCUGGGUCUGCCGAAAGAUGGGCCCUUCAAACCGGACCACUACCGCUACUGAGCCCCGUCCGGCUGAGAGGAGGAAGAGAAGAAGAAGAGGAGGAGAAUUUUAUGAGGGUGUUUUUUCGAGGCACUGUUUGCUUUAAAAAGUCCACAUUUCAGGGAUCCCGAGAGACAGCUCAGUGGUUCUCCCCUUGAAAAAUAUCUUAAAUACUGUAGGAAAAAAAGUAUUUUCAAAGUUAGGAAGAAACACCUUCUUCUGUUUAAGUUGUCUGAGAUCAGACAAAGUCUGCCAUACAGAUGGAGCAGUUCUGCAACACUGACCCAAAGCUUCCGUAUGACGUCCAUUUCAGGGGAGUUUCUGGGCCUCAGACCAGUUUUUAGAUCAGAAAUCCAGAGACACAUCCAUCCCUGCUGCACCUGUUUGGUUUCCCUUUGACUGUCUCAUUUUGCCUGUACACCUUUUUACCACAGUCAUCGGCCCCUCUCUCCUCUUUGUCCCUCAUCUCCUCAUCUCCACUCUCCACUGUUCCUGCAGCUGUUGAAAGAGAGUUCUUCUCAAUGUUCUCGUCAUUCCCUCACCAGUAAUGGAAUAAACCCCCUCAUGAUGCUUUAGUUCAGCUCUCUUCUCAUUAGAGCUUCUGCCCUCAAUGGUUUAAACAGUUGCAGCCUUAUUCCAGCCUCAGCAUGAAUGCUUCUGUCAGCACUUGAAGAAACAGGAACUGUGGAGAUGCCCACAGUGCUGAACAUCAGCGUUUCUGCCUGAUCUACUAAAGUCUUACCUGUCUGAUGUCUCACCUCUUACUGUGAUUAUUUAAUUUGACUGAAAGGGCCAAAACAUGUGCAAAGCCCCGCCCCCGACAGGUCCUCUUACCUCUCACUGCAGCCAAUCAGGGUGCAGUGUAGGACAUGGCGAUGAUUCUUGAUGGUUUCAGCCUGAAGAGCAGAGUUAACAGAUUGUAAACUGAUGGAUUAAUGUUGAAACAUCCAAAUAAAGAAAACAUGUUGACUCUGAAAUGUU